CAAAGGAAAGCUGCUCAGAACUACACACAAAAAAAAAAACAACGAAAAAGAAAAGGAAAAAGCUCAGAAACUUCGUGUGGUUGAGGAAGUAGAAAGAGAAAGAGACAGAGGAUGGGAAGGAGGGUUUUUUGAGACUUAAAUUAAAUUGAAGGAGGUGCAGCAGCAGCAGGUAGCAGCAGAGCUUGCAGAGAGGAACAGAAUGGGCAUGGCGGCGUUGCAGUUGCAGUUACAGUUGUUUCCCUCUUUCGAUCGAGCUGUCUGAUAUGGAUUAUCACUCACAAUUGAGUGGUGGGUCAGGCUUAGAGGUGGUGAAUCAAUGGCGGGUUUAUUCUCACUAGGCUGCGGAGGUGGAGGAAGCGACCGGCAGCAAGAAGAGCAAGAGCAUCCCAACCCAACCACGGAAUUCCUUCCGCCCGAGACCCUAUACUGGUACAAGAACGAAGAUGUGUCGUCGUACAGAGGAUUUGAGCUGUGGAACCAGCAGCCGGAGCAGUUCAUGCCUGGAACACGACCGUCGGAACAAGAUGUGUACGGGGGGAGUAGGAGCUACGAUGAUCCGUCGUCGUCGUCGUCGAUGAGAGGUCGGGGAGGAAUAAACUGCCAAGACUGCGGGAACAAAGCCAAGAAGGAUUGCCCGCACAUGAGGUGCAGGACUUGCUGUAAAAGCAGAGGCUUCCAUUGCCAAACCCACAUCAAAAGCACCUGGGUCCCUGCUCCCAAGCGUCGCGAGCGACAACACCACCUUUCAGCUCUGCAGCAACACCAACGACAUGGCCAAACAGAUGUGCUAGAGCACCAGGAUUUUCCUACAGUAGUAAGCUCGCCUGCGGAUUUCCGAUGCGUGCGGGUGAACUCCAUUGACGACGAUGACGAACAAUAUGCGUACCAAACAGCUGUGAAUAUAGGAGGGCGUGUGUUCAAAGGAAUUCUGUACGACCAAGGUCCUGAAUGUAAUUACAAUGCUGGAGAUAUGAGCGCCUCAGCCGGCGUAGGCGGCGUUCAACCUUUGAACCUCAUUGCCGGUGCCGCCAGCGGCGCGUCUGUUUUACCCGCGACGACAAUAAGUGGUGGUGCCAUGGUUUCGUCUGGUGGGGCACUUGGGGAUCCUUCUUUAUAUCCAGCUCAACUGAACACCUUCAUAGCUGGAGGUAGUGGUACGCAAUUCUUCCCUCCCUCGAGGUCUUCAUAAAUAAGAACAAGCAAAAGGUUGAUAGUGUAUUCCAGUUUCUCCUCUCUCUCUGUUUGAUAUUACUGUUGUAGUAAAAUUUGACAUCCGUGUAAGCAGCAGGAGAGAUAAAAAGGAAAAGGAAGAAUCAGGUGAAAACUAAGCAGAGAAAAUAUUGUAGACCCAUUUUUUUGGACGCGAAUUUCAAUUUCAAUGCUUAGUUCAGUUAUAAAAUCCAUCUACUUGUAAUGUGUGGUGAGUGUUAUAA